UUUAAGGCGUUCUCAGUUGGUGUAGCAGUUUAUAUUCUAAAAAAUAUAUUCUACUUUUCCAUCUAUGAAAAUAUAUUUUUCAUUUAUGUCAUCUAUCAAAUGAAUAGUAAUAAUUAAUCAUACAGUAAUCUUUUUACUUAGAUAUCUACCAAAAUAAUCAAAAUUAAUCAUCGUUAGAGUACCAAUACCUGUUAAAUAUUAAUAUUUAUCAUGUCAGGUAAAUUCAAAUUUGAAUGACAGUUGAUUUCAUUAAAUAGCAACGCAUAUUGUCACUUGUUAUAUCUUUGCUGACAGAAGCAAAGUAAUUCUAUUGUUUGAACCUAUCGUUCAUUUUUAAAAUCUCAUCAAAACGGGGGCUGAACAGUCAAUUAUGUCCGUCUCCCAGAUGGAAAGAAAUUUAUUCAAUCUCAAAUUUGCUGUGAAGGAAUUAGAGAGAAAUUCCAAGAAAUGCGAAAAAGAAGAAAAGGUGGAAAAGGCAAAAAUAAAAAAAGCCAUUCAAAAAGGUAAUAUGGAGGGCGCACGAAUUCAUGCAGAAAAUGCAAUUCGCCAACGUAAUCAGGCACUUAAUUAUUUACGGAUGAGUGCAAGAGUUGAUGCAGUAGCUAGCAGAGUACAAACUGCUUUGACUACACGCAAAGUUACUCAGUCAAUGGCUGGAGUAGUUAAAGCCAUGGAUGCAGCAAUGAAAUCAAUGAAUUUAGAAAAAAUUUCAGGUCUUAUGGAUAAGUUUGAAAGUCAGUUUGAAGAUUUGGACGUACAAAGUUCAUACAUGGAGAAUGCUAUGUCUCAAACUACGACAACAAAUGUUCCACAAAAUGAUGUUGAUUCUUUAUUACAACAAGUUGCAGACGAAGCUGGUUUGGAGUUGAAUAUGGAAUUGCCAUCUGGACAGUUAGGUAGUAUAGGUACCUCUACUAUCAGUCAAGAACAAGAUGAACUUACACAACGGUUAGCAAGACUUCGUGAAUAGUAAUACAGAUAUAAAAUCUAGUUACAUUACAGGUACAUAAUGAGAAAGAUAUAUCUUUAUCUGCUAUAAUUUGCAUUAACUUAUUAACCUUUUGACUGCCAUAUAAGAGUUUAAUGGAAAUGAUCACCAUAUACUAUCCUUGUCUAUAAUUGCUUGGUAAUUACAUACUAGACAUUAUAAGCGCCUACAAUUGCACAUACUUAAAUUUCAAUUUCUUUUUUGUUUUUUAGCCAUAUACAGAGACUGGUUUAUUUUGUAACGAUCAGUGUACAAAGGGUUAAAAGAAAACGUAUAAAAACAUUUUCUUUAUGUACAGUCCAUGAUGUUAAACCUUUUUCUUAAAUCUUAUUCAUUUAUUUCGAGUAAAAUUAUGUAGUAAUAAUAUAAAAAACUAAAAUCUCCCACCUGAGGUUUAUCAUUAGGUUCCUCAGUUAUUUGUAUGAGACAAACAUAUAUUGUUCAGUAAAUGUACAUAUUUAUUUAAAAUUGCAGAAUUCCAUUAAACCAAUUGAAAAAUAUUAUAAUAAUUAAGUAAUUGAGAAAUAUUAUAGCUUAAAAUGAUUUCAAAAUUAUAGCAGUAUAUAAAUAUAUUUAUAGCCAAUGGGAUUAUACAGUUCCAGAGUGUUCCAUUUGAAGUUACGCAUGCAAUUAUUUCCCAAACUAUAGUUCGUUUUAAAAAAUGUUUCAAAUGGAACUUACCCUGCCCUGGGAAGAAGGGAGGCAUGUUACAGUGAUCACAAACCUUCUCUAAGUGGACGUGCUUCCGAGAUUUCAAGGUGGUCUUUGUUUUUUUUAUGCGGAACUAUAUGUUUUUAUUUAGAUAGGCAUGUAACCCGUUCCGGGAUGAAUUUAUCGAACUAUAAUAUAUUGAUGUUUGAAGGUCAUUUAUUGCCGUUCAAAACAUACUGUUGUUGAACGUCCAGAAAUUGUUUCUUAUGUAUUCAAAAGGAUGACUUUUGUAGUCAGUACAAUUAUUUACUCUAUUUCUAUAUGAUAGCUGCACCUUCUCGAAAGUGACAGAACUAAUUCUUCCAAAUUCCUCACAUUCUUCCAAAAUUAGAGGCAUAUCGGCAAUCUUAUUGCGAAAUUAUUGCGAAUUUAUUGCGAGUUUAUUAUUGCGUAUAAUGAACCGUCGUAAAUUAAAUCGUUACCGGAAGAAAGUACACCUUAAUACUAUUUGCAAUAAUGAUUCCUUCGAAGCAACUAUCAUACAAACUGAGGAUAUCUGUCUAGUAGCAAAUUAUAGUUAUUAAUAAACAAAAACAAAUACGAAUAACGAUAAAUCGCAUCAUUUGUAUAAUUUCGAUUCAUGUUUACCAUCUGAAUCGAUGCAAUACUUCAGUAAAUCAAAUCCUGAGAACGUUCGAAGAAAGUAAGUUUUUGAAAGGCAAUGAAUGACCUUCGAGUACCAACAUAUUAUGAGUCGAUGAAUUCGUCACGAAAUGAGCUACACACCUCCUUAAAUAAAAAAAUACAGUUCCGUAUAAAAAAAACAAAGAUCUCCUUAAAAUCUCGGAAACACGUCCACCUAGAGAAGAUUUGUGAUCACCCCUGGUCCCUUCCGAAAUAAGGUAAGUUUUAUUUGAAACAUUUUUUUAAACGAGCUAUAGUAUGGAAAUUAAUUGCAAACUCCACCUGAAACACCUUAUAUAUCUUUCUUAUCUCUGUAACAAGUACCUAUAAAUAAUGAACACGUUAGAAUGUUCAACACAAAUUGCUUGAAUAAAAAGAGUUUACUUGCUAUAUAUUCAUGAACAAAAUAAGCUUUUAAUAUAAUCAAAACUCAUUUGUUAUAUUAUAAGAUUAGAUUUCUGUAGAAUAAAAAGAAAGCACUAUUAAUUGUUAUUAACAAUUAUUAAUAAUUAUUGAUAAUAAUUAUUAAUAUAAUUAAUUUUGCACAAUAUUGUAAACAUAGCAGGUACUACUCUCUAUGAUAUGAGAAAGAAUAUACUUUUAUAUAAAGACAAUUUAUCAAAGAAAAGCUUUAUUACUGCAAUGGUAUUUAUGUUGUAAACAUACUAUAUGACAGAAUAAUUCAAGUAGAUUGAUUGUACUUUAAAAACAAUUUGUAGC